ACGUGUCAACGUUACUCCAAAGAUGGUCUCUCACCCUCUCCAUCAAUCAAAGUACAUCUUCUUCCUUGUCUUCCUUCUCAUCAAAACCCUAAAUGCACAACCAACUUAUCUCCUCAGCUAUUGUUACACAUCAGGCAACUACACGUCAAACAGUCUAUACAAAUCCAAUCUAGAUUCUCUAGUUUCUGUUCUUCAAUCGCAAUCAUCCGACAAAGGAUUUUACAGCUACGCCUCGGGUUCUUCCCCAACCACAACAGUGUACGGAACUUAUCUAUGUCGCGGAGAUAUCUCCUCCUCAACCUGUGAAACAUGCAUCUUAAGAGCAUCCAAAAAUGUUUUUAUAUGGUGUCCGGUCCAAAAAGAAGCUAUUAUAUGGUAUGAAGAAUGCUUCCUCAGGUAUUCCAACCGACAGAUUUUCUCAAUUCUUGAUCAAGGGCCAUUUGUCACAUGGACUACUUACGAUACCAUGAUAUAUCAAUCUUAUUUUAUCAACACUGUGGAAUCCCGUAUAGAUCGGUUGAUAGGAGAAGCCUACUCGAGCUCUUCAUAUUUUGCGAAGGAAACUUAUCAAGUGAGUUUUCUUGGAGAAGUCUACGAUCUAAAUGGAUUGGUACAGUGCACACCCGAUUUGGAUCAGUAUGAUUGCUAUAGAUGCUUGAAAUUCGCGUAUAAUGAGACGGAAGAUUGUUGUUAUGGAAAACGUUUCGCGUUGGUUUACUCUACCAACUGUAUGUUGACAUAUAAAGCUACUUUAUUGGCUUCACCACCACCCCCUCCUCCUCCGCAUCCGCCUCCCCCACCACAACCUCUUUACCGCGAAAAUGAUAGUCCAAGUUCCGACGAAUCAUUUUCAUUUAAUUUAAAAGGUAAAGUUUUUCGAAGAAUCAUAGCUCCGGUGAUAGCUGCCGUGGAUGUAUUGGUGAUUUGCGUGUGUUCACUUUGUUGUUGUUGCAUGAAGAAGAAAAAGAAAGCCAACGAAGGAGAAACAUCUAUAGAAACUCCGACGCCUAAUAUUGGUGAAAAUCACACGAUUGAUCACCCAACGGAGAAAACGGAAUCAAAUUUUCCAAAUUAGCUCAUCUUUUGUUUAAACCAGAUUUCAGUUACUAUACGUUAUAUUUAUAUAUGCUCGAAAGUA